AUGUUGACGCUCGCGUCGGUGUUUCAUGGGGUGAACUACCACGAGGACCUUAAUCAGGUCGUCGUUUGCAUAACCGCCGUUUGCUUGCUGCUAGAAGUGUGCUACAAGUUUAACAGCAUGGUCUAUCAACGCGCAAACAUCAAAGAGGCGAUCCAGAUUGUGCUCGAUGAUCGUGUCUACCUUGAAGGGCCCGUGGAGGCGGCUGUUUGCAAAAAAUAUGAUCGUUUGGCUAAAAACCUUGUAUACUGCUCGUGCGUGUUAUAUACGUUCACUUGUGCAGUACUGAUCUUCUACCCUGUCGCUGCCGGGUUGGUUAAGGAACAGGUGCUACCGGUCGGUUGUUCAAUCCCGUUCUUUGAUUACACUCAACAUCCGUGGUAUAUGAUCAACUACAUCAUGAAUGCCACGCUGAUCGUUCUUCUUGCAGUAAUGUUUGCUGGGCUCGAUGGGCCGUUCUACUUGUUCGUCUGCCACUGUGCGGCACAGUUGGAGAUACUGAUUCUAUAUGCUAGCCUGAUCGGCGAGAAUCCAGACAACCCGGAUGAGCAAAGGCGUAUCGUAGGAAAGAUGUUUGACAUUCACACGCGCGUGUCGGACUUUAACUCCAAGUGCUCGCGCAUCUUUCAAGACAUAUUUCUUAGUCAAACGAUCUGUUCGACGAUACAUAUUUGCGUGUCAUUGUUCCACGUUCAGUUUAACAGCAAGAGUAACUCUUUCGGGAUGGCAUUAACUAAUGUCUGCAAAAUGUGGCUCUUCUGCUACGGUGGGGAGUUUAUUAAAACGAAAGCAGACGAGUUCAACAAUGCCCUGUACGCCUCCCGUUGGUACGAGCAGUGGAUCCGGCGCGAUCUCGGCGAUAUCCUGUUUAUGAUGGCGAAUGCUCAGCGGAAUUAUGGUUUCAGUGUCGGUGGCUUUCGGUACCUCUCGUACGAAACUUUCAAAGAGAUCAUGAAGACGGCCUACACUUGUAACGCUUUCCUGCAGCACGUGUUAAAUUAA